AUGGAGGCCUCUAAAGAAAAGAUCAUCUUGAAUGUUGGGGGCAUAAGACAUGAAACUUACUGCAGCACCCUGAAAGCCCUCCCAGGGACCAAGCUGUGCCAGCUCACAGAGCCCCAGCAUUGCGCUAAAUUUGACCAUGACCCUCACACCAACGAGGUUUUCUUUGAUAGAAGCGCCAGGCUAUUUGGUGAUGUGCUGAACUACUACAGGACCAAAAACCUCCACUGUCCAGCAGAUGUCUGUUGGUCCCUCUGGGAGGAGGAGCUGGCCUUCUGGGAAAUUCCUCAUGCAAAGCUGGCCCUCUGCUGCCGUGUGAAGCUAAGCAGCACUGAAGCUCCAGAGGGGGAGUUUCUUCUCAGGGGCGACAAUGAGGACAGCAACGAAGACAGCCUGGCUCUCCUGGGUCAGGUGGAAAGAAGGGAUUACCGUUGGUGGGCUCGGUGGCAGCCCAAAAUAUGGGCUCUCUUUGACAAGCCCUCUUCCUCUACAGCUGCCAUGUGCUUGAUGAUAAUUUCCCUCCUGUUCAAUAUUGGCAUCCUCGUCCUGUUUUUCGUGAAACCAACAACCUACGUAGAUUUUGACCAUUAUAAUGAUUCAAGAGAGUUCGACGUAUUCCACGUUGCUCCAAAGACUUCUUUCCAAGAGGUUAUCAGCCUGCUCUAUGUAGAGCUUUUCUGCAUCCUCUGGUUCAUGUUUGAGUUUUCUAUGCGACUCACAUCCUGCCCAGACAAAAAGAAAUUCCUCACAAACCCCCUGAAUAUUACUGAUUUCCUUUCUCUGUUUCCGGUUUUCAUUGAGCUCUUCUCAAGUGCCCAUAUUGAUAAAAUGCCGGAAAUCUUAUCCUGGCUGGGUUUCUUCCGUGUGCUGUACAUCGUCAAACUCCUGAGGAUCUUCAAACUGCUGCAGACCCCUCUGUUGCUGAGAGUGCUGCCCUUCACAUUCCGGUCCAUCUUGAAAGAGGUCUUCAUCCUCGUGAUGAUUUUUGCCUUUGAAGUCCUUUUCUUUGGUGCCCUCUGUUUCCAUGCGGAGCUCCUUGAAGGAGACACACACUUUGAUGGAAUGGUCUCUUCCUUUUACUGGGCAGCAAUCACCCUGACCACGGUCGGCUAUGGAGAUAUGUAUGCCAUUACUGCAUUUGGCAAAGUAGUCGCAUGCUGCACGGCCCUCUGUGGCAUACUGACCAUCAUCAUUCCCCUCCCCAUCUUUUUUAUCAAGUUCCAGGGCUAUUAUACCACUGCCAUAAUGAAGGAGAAGAUGAAAAACAAGAGGGGGGAGGCGAAACACCAUAGGAGCCGUCGUUACCCCGCACCUGUGUCUAUGCCACUUUGUGGCUUGAUAAAGUGA